CCCCCACCCCUAGCCUCCGUUCCCCGUACACACACACAUCCACACACUCACACCCCACCCCCUAGUCUGGCUGGGAAUUUGAACCGAUCCAGCCUGUUUAAACGGAAAGGACACAGAUCCUCAAUGUAAAAAAAAAAUCAGAUCAGACCCAGAGAGAGAGAGAGAGAGAGAGAGAGAGAGAGAGAGAGAGAGAGACAGAGAGGGAGGAGUGUGUGUGUGUGUGAGUGUGUGUGUGUGUGUGUGAAAGAGGGAGAGGGAGCGAGAGAGCGAGAGAGAGGGAGAGAGAGAGGGAGAGAGAGGGAGGGAGAGAGAAAAGAAGAGGGGGAAAAAAAGGAAAGAAGAUUUUCUCUAUGUAUAUAAAGAUGGCCACGUUAGCAAACGGACAACCAGACAAUACCAGCCUGAGUAGCAAUCACAGCAACCCCAGCACCAACGGGCAUAUGAACGGAUUAAACCAUAGUCCCGGAAACCCAUCCACCAUCCCAAUGAAGGACCACGAUGCCAUUAAGCUCUUUAUUGGGCAGAUCCCCCGUAACCUGGACGAGAAAGACCUCAAACCGCUCUUCGAGGAGUUCGGGAAGAUCUAUGAACUGACGGUGCUGAAGGACAGGUUCACUGGCAUGCACAAAGGCUGUGCCUUCCUAACAUACUGCGAAAGGGAGUCUGCUCUAAAGGCCCAGAGCGCACUGCAUGAGCAGAAGACACUGCCGGGGAUGAACAGACCGAUCCAGGUGAAGCCAGCGGACAGCGAAAGCCGAGGAGAAGACAGAAAACUCUUUGUGGGCAUGCUCAAUAAGCAGCAGUCGGAAGACGAUGUGCGCAGGCUAUUCGAGGCGUUUGGCAACAUCGAGGAGUGCACAAUCCUUCGGGGACCCGAUGGCAACAGCAAAGGGUGUGCGUUUGUGAAAUACUCUUCACAUGCAGAGGCCCAAGCUGCCAUCAAUGCCUUGCAUGGCAGCCAGACAAUGCCGGGAGCCUCUUCAAGCCUGGUGGUGAAGUUUGCGGACACGGACAAGGAGCGUACGAUGAGGCGCAUGCAGCAAAUGGCUGGACAAAUGGGCAUGUUCAACCCCAUGGCCAUCCAGUUUGGAGCUUAUGGCGCCUAUGCACAGGCACUGAUGCAGCAGCAAGCGGCGAUCAUGGCGUCGGUGGCGCAGGGCGGAUACCUGAACCCCAUGGCCGCCUUCGCCGCGGCCCAGAUGCAGCAGAUGGCGGCUCUGAACAUGAACGGCCUGGCAGCCGCCCCCAUGACUCCAACCUCAGGUGGAAGCACGCCUCCUGGCAUAACUGCACCAGCUGUGCCUAGCAUCCCAUCUCCAAUUGGGGUGAAUGGUUUCACUGGCCUCCCGCCGCAGGCUAAUGGGCAGCCAGCCGCUGAAGCCGUGUUUGCUAAUGGCAUUCACCCUUAUCCAGGUGUAUGGCACCAGAUUUCCUUCCAAGAGGCCCCCACCUUUGCAUCCUCCAAGCCUUGCCUCCAGCCACACCUCUGUGCGGCACAGAGCCCCACUGCAGCAGACCCUUUGCAGCAAGCCUACGCUGGAGUGCAGCAGUACGCAGGUCCUGCUUAUCCUGCUGCUUAUGGCCAGAUUAGCCAAGCGUUCCCACAGCCACCUCCCAUGAUCCCACAGCAACAGAGAGAAGGACCAGAGGGCUGUAACCUGUUUAUCUACCAUCUGCCCCAGGAGUUUGGGGAUGCUGAGCUGAUGCAGAUGUUCCUGCCUUUCGGUAAUGUCAUCUCCUCGAAAGUGUUUGUGGAUCGGGCGACAAACCAAAGUAAAUGCUUUGGUUUUGUGAGUUUUGACAAUCCUGCCAGUGCCCAAGCUGCUAUCCAGGCCAUGAAUGGAUUCCAGAUUGGCAUGAAGAGGCUGAAGGUGCAGCUGAAGAGGCCAAAGGAUGCUAAUCGUCCCUACUGAAGGGUUGUGGGAAGCGCUGGAUACAAAGCACUAGCACAGGGGCAUCCUGCAUCUCUAGAAAGUGUUUCUGGUCACUAGAGGAGAGUCAGCAGCUGUCCUGAUUCCCCCUGCUCAGUGAAAGAGAGCAUUUCUGGUGCUUGAAGACAAUCUGCAAUUAAGAGGUGGGACUGGGCUGCGUUUAAUCCCAGGUGACUGGACUGGGACAGUGUCUGUCUCAAUAGCUCUGUGUUGCAAACGUUUCAAAGCAUUCUUCAUUCUUCAUGCAGUACAGUCUGUAUCCAAUUCCAUCUCAGCAUAAUAACUUAAUGUAAAUAUGUCUCCCUGACAACCAAAUAACCCCUGAUUUAUUUCGUUACAAACCCAAGAAAUUAAUAGCAGGAUCCAUGUUCACUUCUUGGUCAGUUGUUUUAAACUCCUGUGUGUAGAUAAAACCGGACCAAAGCCAAGGAAGCUUAGCUGGAGUAAGGACCUGGGGUCUCGUUUUUAGACUCAUGUGCUAUGUAUUGCUGGAAAUAAGCCAGCUGGAUGUUUCAAGGGACCUUCUAAUACAUGUAACAACACCAAAAAUAUCAGAAGCCACAGCUCAUUUCAUUGGAAUCCAAACAUAUCACCAAUAACAAAAAUGAAGAUAUUUCCAAAAACGGAAAUAUUUUCCACUACUGGCUGGCUCUUUCAUUAGGUAAUUCUUUGAGAAACAGAAAUAUAAACCCCUAUGUGUUUGUUUACAGAGACAGGAAAUGCUCCUGUUGUUAAAACUGUUCCACACUAGAGAUUCCCCAAUAAACUCAGCACCUAGGGAGGCCCUAAGCAAUUUGUACUCCUGAAUUAGUGAUAAAGAGAUUGGUUAGGUAACAUUUCUGUGUCAUUUUAGAUGUAAUGUCGAAGAUUUUGUGAUUUUUAUUCAGGCCUCUUUUGAUUUAUCUAAGACAGGCAGGAAAUCCCUAUCUUCAACUUUCCCAAAGAAAAACAGAGUGCUUUAAUUUUUCAUGGGGAUCCCAAUAUGUUUGAAAAACAUAUUUUUCCAGUCUUCAGAGCAGUAUCUUUUCCAGUGAGAAUUCAGGAGUGGGAUCAAAAUGUCUUUGAAAGAGGUGCUGCACUGAAGACAGCAUAAAGGAGAUUAAGAAACCUUUCAAUAAACACUUUAGGUGCAUGUGCAGGAAACAGCCUCCAUAGUUUAGAAUCUCCUUUAUAUGUGACUAUAUGAAGAUAACCAUCAAUGCAUUUUCCCCCUUCAAAAACCUCUUUUCUUUUCCUUGCUUAUGAAAAGGCCUCUUGGAAGCUUGAAACCAAAACAUGUUGCCAUAUCCAAAUGCUUUUUGCUUCAUCACACUGGCUUUUUUUCUGCAGGCUUUGCUGGGGGAGAGCGGGGGUGCAUGCAUGCAACUGUGUUAAAGCAGGGGCUGCCUUUGUCAGGGAGGCUUUCUGUGACACCUGCAAAGGGAUCAAGGGACACAAAGGUCUCCCUAGGUAGGCACCAGGCUUUGUGUCUCAGCAUAGCUGUGCUGGCUGAGGAUAUGCUUGUUUCUCAUGGUGGUGUCAGAAGAUGCAGGGCUGUGGAUACCUGCGUUGUUCAAGAUUCACCACUAUGAGUUUAUAGUGGUUUUUAUCAUCAUGGCUCACCUAGAAGUGCUCUGAGGUCUCAGCUUGUUUCCUACGAAAGGUUACUCACUAGAAGGACAAAGAUUUGUUGCUUGGGUACUUUUUUUCCAAAAUACUUAAUUUAAAUUAUAUAAAAAUGAAUCAGCAGUAAAAGAGUGAUAUAAUUCCAUGUGUUUCUCUUAAGCAUUUUUUUUUCCUUUCCUUUGCUUCUACUAAGCAGAACAGUCUUAAGGAGUUGCCUCUAGAUAGGAAGUCCUUUAGCCUUCCUGGCUUUGACUUUGGCUUUGGUACUCUGCUGUCCAGAAAAAUCAGUUUUACCACCAGAUCACUUCCACCCUUGGCUUAGAGAACCUUGUUUAGAGACUUGUUUAGAGACCCUAUCAAAAUCUGUCUCAGAGGUCCUUGUUCUCUUGCAUACUCACACCUUGUUGAACCUGUUGCAGGAGUUAUACCCAACUUCUACCAGAAAGGAAUUCUCCAGGAAAAAAAAAGUAUAAUUACAUGUGUUUUUCUACCUGACAGAAGGAACUGCCUGAGUGAAUGUUGUCCCAAGGAGGAUACUGCAGGAACGUUCCCCAGGGGGAGGAUUUGGGUUACCACAGGGAGAACCAUGCUGCAAUAGACUGGAGAGGACACUUGGUGACAGCCAGGAUACCCAGAAGGUCACAUGGGCUUAAAUCCAGGCCUUUCUUCAGCUCAUCUACCUCCCAGAGAUUGGGAACAUUGAUACCAGCACUCUAGAAGCAGGCAGGAUUCUCAGUCAGGAAGGCCACAGGUCAGCUUUCCCACCAGGGCUGGGCAGUAGUGAUCAGGGCUUAGUGAUAAGCCCUCCAGAAUAAGCCUGACUCAGAGAUAGGUCAGCUGUUCUUGGCUAAGCACAGUAUUAUUUUACCUCCACUGCUGGCUUGAUUUGCAGCUUCCUUUAACUGAUAGAAAGAUAAUAACUCCACUGUGUUUUUUAUCUGUCUUUACUUUGGAUGCAGCUCUUCAGGGUCUUUAAUUCCAGUUUGAAGCAUGUGUGCAAUGGUAUUGACACCAGAGUAAUUACUCAUGUGCUUCAAGAGGAUGCUCAAGAAACUUUUUAAUUGGGAUUUUUCCAAGAAAGGGCUUUUUUUCUAUUGAAUUGCUUCCAAAAAAUAAGAAGCUGCCAAUGACAACAACAAAAAAAAUCAGCACCUAGUUUGAUAUAAUCCACUAGAGUGUUUUUUUCCUAACUGAGAAAGAAAGGGCCUCACUAAAUUUUAAUUCUGGAUGCACUUUUUUUAAAGAAAACUUUUAAAUCUCCCUUUUGGGGCACAAGAAGUCUAGGCCACAGCAAUUUGAAGUCCUUUGUUUUCUUUACAAGUGCACUAAACUUGCUGUCAAACACUGAAAGGGUUUCUGUGAUGCAGCAGAUAAGUCCGAAGCUGCAGCGAGCAAAGUCCUGGAGAAUUUAGAUGGCAAAAUGGCUGCCCCAUUCUCUUUUUUCUUUAUAAGUAAAGAGGUGGCUGUAGGUGGAGAAAAAGGAGGGGAGGAAUGAUGGGCUGGGAGAAAGCAAGAGAGGAGAAUCAUUUGAGGCAACUCUGCCAAAACCAGUAUAUUCUAUUGCCAAUUCCCCUCAGGACUAGGAAGCAAGGACUCAGAGGCACUCCAUAUGUCUUUCAGAUAGAAAAUGCACAAAAUAAUUAAGAAAAAACCAACUUGAAACCCACAUCUCCCAUAGGUGGCCUUUGCUAGGAGCCCUUCCACACCCUGUGCUGUGAGGAGCUGCAGGUGCAGCCCGCAGUGCCUGGGGCUGUGAGCCCUGAGCCCGCUGCCAGGACAGGCAGGCACGGCAGGACAGCACUGCCUAGAAAACUGCAGAGCUCAGAGCCCUUCCAGAGCUCUGGGCAGAGCACAGAGCAGCCCAGGAGCAUCCAGCUGAUCGAUCAAUAAAAGGCACAGCACACAACAGCCCUGAAAAUCCUGUCCAUUCCCCUUCUGUGGCUUCAUUGCAGUGGCUGGUCACUGGCAAAGUGAUGUUUUCCACCUCACACAGACACUCUGCUGCUUAAGUUUUAUUUAAAGCUAAAGAUGCAGAGACAUUUGGGUGAGACUAACCCAGAGCACUGGCAUGAAACUGACUGAGACAAAGUGAGUGUGAGCAAGACAAACUGAGUGAGGCAAAAGGGAAACAGAAAAGUGAAAAAAAAAUGGAAGUAAGAUCAACAGCAAGAUCUUUUUUAGCUGCGCUCCAGAGUAGUGACAAAACAUUGAAUGGAUGCACUGCCCAGGCAACCUGCUUCUACAAAACACUGGGGAAAUAACAUAGGCCAAAGCUCAAAUACGAAAAUAAAAAAAAGAUUUUUCAGGUCCUCCUUCACUGCUUUUUGAACAUGGACUGAUGUCUGGUUUAUUGUAAAAUGUGUGAAAUACAUGUUUUUGCAGCUGUCUGGAAUAGGUGAUAUUUUUACUCUGCAAUUUUUGUUUGGUUGGUUGGUUGG